UGCGCUCAAGCUUUGACUGAACGCCGUCACCCAGCUGACAAGGUGCGAUUGCUCGCAUCCAAGAGAUCUCACGGCAAGCAACUGGAAUACGCCGGACAGAUGCUGACGGUCAAGGAGGCAACACCCGAAUCGUUUGACGGGGUGGAUGUGGCCUUAAUCUCUGCUUCAUCUGAAGUGAGUCUUGCACUCGCUCCCGAAGCGGUCAAGCGCGGCGUGUUGGUAAUCGAUGACGGCUCCGCGUAUCGCAUGGAACCAAGCGUCCCGCUCAUCGUUCCCGAGGUCAACGGCGAAGAUGUUGAAUGGCAAUCCGGAAUCAUUUCAAUUCCCAACUGCACUACUACUCCGUUGGUGAUGGCGCUCGCCGCUCUAAGACAACGUGCGAAAAUCAGCAGUGUAACCGUUUCAACGUACCAAUCAGUCACCGGUACUGGUGCCGCCGCACGCGCCGAGUUGCUUGCACAGUCUCGAGACAUGUUGAACGGUCAAGAGUUGUCGCCGCCAACCCAGUAUCCGCAUCGUAUCGCUUUCAAUCUGUUGCCGCAGGUAGACGACUUCGUGGACGACGACUACACGAAGGAAGAGCUCAAGAUGCUCAAUGAGUCGCGAAAGAUACUUGGCGAUCCGGGGUUGCGACUCGCCGCGACGUGCGUGCGUGUGCCAGUAGAGAUUUCGCAUUGUGAGUCUGUGAGUGUCGAAUUCGAUCGUCCGAUGUCGGUGGAUGUCGCUCGCGAGGCGCUCGCAGAGUUUCCCGGCAUUAUGUUGAUGGAUCGUCCGGGUGAAUCUGUUUAUCCGAUGCCGUCGAACUCGGCAGACGAAGACGAGGUGAUGGUUGGCAGAGUUCGACGCGAUUUGGCGCAUGAGAACGGAAUCAUCCUAUGGCUGGCUGCAGACAAUCUGCGGAAAGGCGCGGCAUUGAACGCGUUGCAGAUUAUGGAUGAGUGUGUCAAGCGAGAUUGCGUCCGACCACGCGUCGCCGCGGCAGUCUAA